AAGAAGCGCAGUUGUGUUUGGAAACGGAGGAGCCAGGGUUCGCACAGUUUGGUUUUUAGGAUCUAUGUCGACGAAAACUCGCUCUGUUACUGGUAGACAGCCAAGUAACACAUUUUUCUGGUUUAAGACGGCUAACAGCGUUUGUUCCCGGAACAAAGAUAUCCGGGACAUGAAGCUGCUUUAAGACGAACAGUAACUUUUUGGUAGUGUACUGUGUGCCUGUGGCCAUGGAGAAGCUCUGACGGUACCCUUCGACCUUCAGAAAGCUGCACAGAUGUUUUCGCUGGGUCAGGAAAACAUCUCCACUUCCCCUGCGUCCACCAAAGGACCAGUCAAAUAUGGAGAGCUCAUUGUUCUGGGGUGUAAUGGGUCUCUACCCAGUGGAGACAAGGGGAGGCGGAAAAGUCGCUUUGCUCUGUGUCGCAGAAACAAGGCCAACGGUGUGAAACCCAGCACUGUCCACAUGUCAUGCACACCUCAAGCUGCCAAGGCCAUCAGCAACAAGGAGCAGCACAGCAUUUCAUACACUCUCUCUCGGGCACAGACAGUGGUGGUGGAGUACACCCAUGACAGCAACACAGACAUGUUCCAGAUUGGCCGUUCUACAGAGGGUCCCAUUGACUUUGUUGUAACUGACAUUGUGCCUGGAGGUCAGAACCAAGCUGAUAGUCAGGCACUUCAGAGUACGAUCUCCCGCUUUGCCUGCCGCAUCAUCUGCCAAAGAAACCCACCUUACUCUGCCCGGAUUUAUGCUGCAGGCUUUGACACUUCCAGAAACAUCUUCCUUGGAGAGAAGGCAGCAAAGUGGAGGAUGCAGGAUGGUCAGAUGGAUGCACUGACCACAAAUGGCGUUCUUGUGAUGCAUCCUCGCCAGGGCUUCUGCCAAGACUCCAAACCUGGUCAAUGGAGGGAAAUCUCAGUUUGUGGAAAUGUUUUUACACUGCGGGAGACCAGAUCAGCUCAGCAGAGGGGGACAAUGGUGGAAUCUGAGUCCAACGAGCUGGUGGACGGGUCUCUUAUUGACCUGUGCGGGGCCACCCUGCUGUGGCGGACAGCUGAGGGACUGGCACUCACCCCCACAGUCAAGCACCUGGAGGCCCUGCGUCAGGAGCUGAAUGCCGGGCGGCCACAGUGUCCCGUGGGCUUCAACACACUGGCCUUCCCCAGCCUGCGUCGCAAGGACGUCCUGGACAAGAAGCAGCCGUGGGCGUACCUUCGCUGUGGUCACGUGCACGGCUACCACGCCUGGGGAGGGCGCCGGGACCCCGAGGUUGAAGCAGAGUGUCAGGAGAGAGAGUGCCCCAUGUGCCGUGCGAGGGGGCCCUAUGUGCCGCUGUGGCUCGGCUGCGAGCCGGGCUUCUACGUAGAUGCGGAGUCCCCCACCCAUGCCUUUGUCCCCUGUGGUCACGUAUGUUCAGAGAAGACAACCUCGUACUGGAGUCAGAUCCUGCUGCCGCACGGCACACAUGCCUUCCACGCCGCCUGCCCGUUCUGCAUCCAGCCGCUGAGCGGAGAGAGCAGCUGUAUCAAACUCAUCUUCCAAAGUCCACUGGACUAGGAAUCACUCUGACUCUUUGUCUGAAACCUUAAUGAACAAGUGAGGGAUGCAGCCAUAUUGGGAAUUUCUGAUAACUUAAUUUAACUUAAUUUUGUCUGAUUUAAAAGUGCAUUUAUUGGUUGGACUCUUACCUUUUUAAUGGUGAUAUGGUUCAGGCAGUGUUGUCCCCCAAAGAGGUGAAAGUUCUUCCUUGGACACAGCUAUCUGGAAAUGCUGUGAUGAUCUUUGACUGCCUUGCACUUAAUUUAUUCUUGUACCUCUUAUGUAAUGUUGUCCUGUGAAUCAGUGCAGAAUUUAACACCAGCAACAUUACGCUGCACCUCCCUGCACCUAGCUGAUUGUCUCAUGCUGCCUUAAGGAGCUGGAAAUGUGAUCUUGAUGAGAAUUGUGUCCCAAAUGUUGCUUUGGAACUUUUUCUUUUGUUUUGUUAGCUUAAAGAAUAAUUUUGGAUUUACUCCAAAAUCAACUUACCUCUUCUUUCGAAUGCAAGCUUUUAAGUCAAGCAUAACAAAAAACAUAUCUGAGAAACUUUUUAAGCUGCUGUCCUGUGACUUUAAACAUCUAGACCUUUAUAUGUUUUUCAACUAUAGAGAUGAAUUCCUUCAAAUCAGCGAUCCUUUUUAAAAUUAUAAGCAAUAAACACCUUUUUAUAACAGUUUCCUUCACGACCCAGAUGGCUCAGCUGUGCUGUAUUGAGCCUCCAGCACCACAAUGAGGCUAAACCUGUUGCUUUAAACUUAUCACGUGCUUCAUAUUUUCUUAAUCAAAUGUUUUGUUUCUAUUUUAAAGACUGUUGGACCUCUUGUACCAUUCUGUAAGCUUUAGCUCUGUUUCUGAUAAGGUUUGGGAAAUAUUAAUGUUUUUUUUGUUUUUUUUUUACUCUUUGUGCAAGCAAUUAACAGCAUCAACAGACAAAACAUUCAUGGAGAGGAAUGUUGGUCUGAAAGCAUCGUGCCGACAAGUUCACUUAUCCACUCCCACUCAGUUCUUGUGGACCAAGUCUUGAUUAUAUUUUGUCUCCAGUCUUUUUUUUUUUUUCUUUUCAAUUUGUCACUGUCCUGGCUGUUCAGGAACGCUACACACUGUUUUUGUACCACUAGCAAACAAUAAAAACAUGGCUGAUA